AUAUCUCUUCGCACAUUGUGAUAAAGAUAAGAUGAGCAAGAAAAAGGAGACGAAGCUAAGCAAGUACAUGAAGGUCCCCAUAAACAUGCUGGCGAAAGCUAGGAACUUGUACAUACGAGGCAUGAAUCAAUUGUCUUCUCAUGAGCUUAUUGGCAGCAGCGGUUUAGGUUUUGGGGUACCGGUUUGCCAGGUAAGUGCUCUUCCGCGAAGUUUCAGCGCUAGCCACUCGCUAUAUUCCUCGAGAGCCGAAGAUAGUCAUGUGGCUGAGCUUGUAAGAGCCGCAUCAGCUAGGAAUAUGAGUCUUGAUGCAUGGCAAGGACCACCGAAAUUGCGAAAGGCUCAGAGUUCAAGAACUUGUGGUGGUGUUGGUGGUCAUCAAGAGAUCGAGAGAAUUGAUGAGACAAGCCCUUUGAUUACUUUUGGGAGUAAUCACAAAAUGCUUCCAAGGAGUAAAAGUUAUGGCGUUGCCAAAUAUACUCAUGCUAUCAAAUAAUUUGUUUUUAUGUUGAUUCAGAACGAUGGGGUUGGGUUUCUUAAUGUAAGAACAAGAAACAACGAAUUGUGAAAAUACAUUUCAUCAUGCAUGGGUUUAUUCUGUUAGUUAUUUAUGUCUACUGUUGUAAAAAAAGUGAAAAGUGAAAUUGUUAAUGUGAUAUUGCUUGUUUUAAUCCAA